GUAAGUGGGUUUUUUUUUCAUUCGACGUCAGGUUGACCCGUCCUACAUUCAAAGCCUUUCACACACACCACGCACAAUAAGGCGUGUGGUCUAUGAGCCAUUUCUGCUUAGCCGAGGUUUAAUUAUUUUAUCGGGUCAUAUCACCAGAUGCUGUUAUUGUCUGCUAAUGACCGCAUUAAACAGAGAAACCCCCAACUGUGCGGAGAGGAGCUAGCUAAACAUCGACAGCAACAAACGGCGAGGGGGCAGGGCAGGUUCACAGAUUAACACUUCUUAUAACCACCUGCCUCAGAUCAACCCUUCCACUGGUUCUUCAUGCACACCUUCGUCCCUCGGCCAGUGAGCUGGGGUGUCUACCAGCCAUGUAUUCAUUUUCAGGCCCCACUACUCUGCCUGAAUUUGAGUUGGGACCUCCGAGUACCUCUGACAGCCUUCAGAGAGAACUAAACUCAGACAGCAGCUGGGAAACAAGACGCUUUCGUAAGCACAGGAGACUAGAUGAUGAGGGUUGCAGUGCCAAAAAGCGAAGGUUAAUGCCUGAAACAGAAGUGGAUAUUUUGGUGAACACUUGUCCUACUCUGUCAGCACAGCAAGUCCCCCUUCCUCCUCCUCCACAGCCAUGUUCAGCACAUCAGAGCCUCACUUUGCCGCAGCCCUCUUCUGUCCAGCCCCGAGCUGAGAUGGAGAGCCCCUGCAUGGAGAUAGAAGCGGCUCACAGGAAACUGCAGGAGAUUGAAGACAGAAUAAUCCUUGAAGAUGAUGAUGAGGAUCUUGAUGUAGAGCCGGUCCCGAGGCGGCCGGUUCUGGUCAUCUCAGACAGUUUGAAGGAGGGUCUGCAGCGCGGCAUCAGUGACAUUCUCCCCCAAACUGUGGCCCAGUCUGUGAGUCCUUCAGGCAUGGAGCUGGUCCUGUGGCGUCCUCCAGAAGAUCCCUUCUGCCAGAGGCUGAAGGACUCGCUGCAGAAGCAGCGGAAACAGCAGACGGUCGGCCGGCAGCACCCAACUCCAUGUUCGUCUCCCAGCCCGCCCCUCAGCCCCUCCUGUCCACCUGCAGAGACAUGCGCACCCAUGUACAGCUUCCCUGUGCUCCACCACUCGGGGGAGGAGGACAUGGAAAUUUAACCUCGAAGCCAAAGUGAAAGACUGGACAAGCGUCACAGAAUAAACUGAUCGGUUGUGUUGUGAUCUCCUGUUGAUCUUGAGCUCGUUUGUGCGUCAUUUAUUUGCCACACAUUGUUUUUGUGGACAGAUAUGUGAGGAUUAACUUUAACAGUGUUAUUGAUGUAAACCUUGAAGGCCUGUAAACUUGCCGCCUUACUAACAUUCACUCAUAAGUUAGAGGCAUUUUGUUCAUAUGAGUGACCAGCAGCAUACUGAUGUAAUGUAAAUAUGACUUAUGUUACUGUUGACCAUAAGUGUGCAAUGCCUGGCUCUUCUCUGCAAACUUUAGGGAGUCCCUACAGAACACUAAAAGCCUGACUUCCUGUUUACCGUUAUAUUGUGGUGGAGGAGUAAUCCUCCUCUGUCGCUGAAAUGCUCUUUGAACUUUGAUUUUAAGAACUCAGUUGUUUCAUGAUACAGGAGUAAUCUUUCUCUGGUUCAGAUAUUUGCCACAACUGUGACCUUUGAUUACUUUGUAAGGAAUUCUGCAAAGGCAUUUUUUUAUGACUUGCGUAAACUUUGCAUUUGUACAUUGCCAUGAAGCAUUGUUACUUCUUUUGUUUUAUAAUAAAACAUGGUUCAUGAAGAGGUUUUUAAAAA